AUGGAGUUGAUGAAGACAAAUCCGAAUUCCCCGCGUUGUGAAGAGGUAAUUAUGAAGGUAGAGAAGCUCAAAGUGUGGACGUCAGAGGAAAAACGUUGGUGGAAGAGGAAGCCUAGUAAACCUAAAACCAUAAUACUUAACAAUGUUACAGACUGUAUAAAAACAGGAGAAUUUUUGGCGAUACUUGGACCAAGCGGCGCUGGUAAAACCACAUUCCUUGUUUCAUUGGCCGGAAAAUGUACAUUACCUUCGGAAGGAGUUGUGACUGUAAACGGCCGAAAUGUCAACGAUCUACCGCAAGGUACGGUGGAGAUUCUACCCCAGUUCGACGUCUUUAUGGACUGUCUAAGCGUCAUGGAACAUUUGAUUUUUAUGGCAGAAAUGAGGCUCGGCAGUUUGAAAAAAUCGGCAAAUGUAAUUGUUUUGAAUACAAUAAUCAGUGAUUUGAAAUUGAAAACGCAUGAGAGAACAUUGAUUCGCUCGUUAUCAGGUGGAGAGCGUCGGCUGUUAUCAUUAGGCUCAUCCCUUUUAUCAAUCCCAAAAAUUCUUAUAUGUGAUGAACCGACGUCUGGUUUGGAUAGCUAUAACGCAUCUUUGGUAGUUGGUGUACUGAAGAAUCUUUCUAAGACUGGCAAGAUAGUGAUAUGCUCUGUACACCAGCCUUCCUCUGACCUUUUCAAGGAAUUCAACUCGAUAUCUCUAAUGUCAGAGGGCAAGCUGCUAUUUCAUGGAACACACGAUGAUUGUCGGAUUUUGUUCGAAAGCGUCAAUCUACAUUGUCCCAAGAACUACAACACGGCCGAGUUCUUCAUCAAGGCCGUAUCCUCUAACCCGACUUCGAACGAAAACGAUGUUGAUAGAAUCUUGGAAAAUUACCGAAACCGGUUAAAUGCGAGCAACGAAACUUGUUGCGAGACUUCUUCGGCCGCGACAUCACAGUUUCAAGUAUGUAAAAGAGGCUGGGCGAGACAAGUUCAAAUACUGCUGUGGAGGUUUUGGAUAUGUCUAAGAAGAAACACAACAUUUCUUGUAAUGUCAUUACUUCUUUCAACGAUAAUCGGUGCAGUAGUGAUAGGUACUUGCUUUGCAGGCAGUACCGGAACAACUCAGCGAGGAGUACAGAAUUUGCGCGGUCUCUUGUGGGUGAUUUGCAGUGAGGUGUCGUUCAGUUUGUCCUACUCUGCGUUGUUUGCGUUUGAAAAUGAAUUGUCUCUAUUUAAAAGAGAAGUCGGAAUGUACGGCGUAUCUGCUUAUUUCAUCGCAAGGUUCCUAAGUGAGAUACCACGCUGUAUAAUUUUGCCGAUUCCAUAUGUUACUAUAGCAACAUCUGCUGUAUAUAUGCCUAAUUAUACUCUGACUGCUCUAGAGUUUUACGUCACGCUAUUUUUAACUGGUAUGGCUUCUACUGCUUAUGGUCUCGGUAUGGGAGCCAUAUUUAUUUCUUCUGGCCUAAUGGGUGACGUCAUGCCUUGUGCUGAUUUACCUUUAUUUCUGAUGUCCGGCGCAUUCUUGCGUAUAUCUUCCCUGCCAAUAUGGUUGUAUCCAGUCAAAUACAGCUCUCAUUUCUAUUACGCGAUGGACGCUAUAAGCAAUAUUUAUUGGAGGCAGAUCGGAGAAAUUGAUUGUCCAACAAACAUAACAUCAAACUGUUUGAAAGAUGGAACAGCUGUGUUAAUGGAGAAUGGAUACUCAAGUCACUUUGUUGUUCAAGAUGCAUUAGGAUUGCUAUUAGUAGCAAUUAUGUGGUGCCUCCUGGGUUACUAUGGAUUGAAGAGAGAAAAAGGGAAAGGAUACGCUUAUUGA